AUGGCAAUGUCACACCCACGCCUCCCCCUCUUUGGCGGACCCCGAGCCUGGGACCCCACCGAAUGGACCUCCUCCGAUGACCGUGUCCGCGGCGGCUCCUCAACCUCAACCCUCACCUGCUCCGCCUCCUCCCUAACAGCACUAUUCCAUGGAAACCUCGACACAAAAACCCUCGGCGGCGCAGGCUUCGCCUCCCAACGCACAACAACCGAAUCUAAAAUCUGGGAUCUAUCACACUACGACGGCUUGCAGAUCGUUCUCGACGAAAAGCACAUGGACGGGAAAAUGUACACUAUCACGCUGAAAGAGGAGAUCCUGCCCAAGAGACCGGAUGGAAGGGAACAAAGCACGGUGAGCUGGGAAAAUGAUUUUUAUGCAAAGGAUGCAGAGGACGGGGUGCUGUUUUUGCGGUUUGUGGAUUUCAGGCCCACUUAUCGGGGGAAGGAUAAGAGUCCGGACGAGUAUGUUUUGGAUUUGACAAAGAUCAGGAGGUUCGGGAUUAUGUGUAGGAGUUUCUUUGAUGAGCAGGAUGGUCCUUUUGAGUUGGGGAUUAUUUCUAUUGCCGCGAAGUGUAAUGAGCGGACUUUGGCUCCUCCUGAUGAAAUGCCUGUUUUUAAUCAGGAUUUUGAUGAGAAGUGGCUUCCUACUGGUGAAGGAAACUGGGAUGCGACUGCGGAAAAGUGUCCUCGGUGGAAAAAGCAAAAGUCUUCUGGAUGGUUCUCGUGGUUGAUUUCUUGUCUUGGCUGCAGGUCUUGA